CGAGUGUGUAGCUAUGUUGGUGCGCCCGCAGGUGCUCGCGCAGAGCAUGGGCAGAUACUCUGCGAGCUCCGAGUGGAUCUGGGCGCAUUUACAAUUCGGCGCCAUGGUGCUCAAGUGCCCCAACAGCGGCCGGUGGACGCCCGCCGAGACCACGUACCUCCACCUGCUCUUCCUCUGCUUCAUGACCGGCCUCGUCGACGCUCAUGGCCGCUGCCUCCGCGACUUCCUCGCCGACGCGCUCCAGUGCGAACCGCGGCGCGUCUACAAGUUUGUGGCUGCCACGUACCUCAACUUUCCCAGCCGCCUGCGCUGCUCGCCCAAGCCGCGGCACGAGCUCACGGCCAACGACGUCCAAUGCCUCGUCGCCCUCGAGGCCGCGCAGCGCGAUUUCUACGACGCACUUGAAGUCAAGCUGGACCGACGCGCGGCGCGCGAGCCGGCGCUGGACCUCAACUGGGACCUCUUGGACGUGUAAUUGUUGGCAUUGAAUGUAGAUAUUGUUGCGCUGUACCGCAAUGUGUAUUAGUCCCAUGAGAUUAGGAUCUGUACAAUAGCUCCGA